AUGAGAACGACGUGGUUUUUUUCUUCUACUAGUUGCGUUCUCGCAGAAUUUAAAGAGGAUCAUCCCUUCACCAAGUUGGUACCCUGUCUCGACGGAGUUCACACGGAUGACUACUUCUCAAUUGUACCCUAUCAGAAGGGUUCGCUGCUGCUUUACUUCCUCGAACAAAAAUACGGAAAACCUGCGAUGCUCAGGUGGCUUCGAGCCUACCUCGAUCAUUUCCAACGACGCUCCCUAAGCACCCGUUCCUGGUUGGACUUCUUAUGCAAACAACUUGGCACAGACAUUCUCGGUGAGGUGAAUUGGAAUGAAUGGCUCUACAAGACAGGUGCAAUUCCCUGGGUUCCAACAUUCAGCCGCAAACUGUCCACUGUAUGCGACAGCGUUGUUUCCGCAAUAACCAAAGAUGUCCUCACAAAUGAUCCUAGUGCAGCCGAUUUUGUGGGCUCGACCUAUGAGGGCCUGGUGCCCCUUCAACGCCAACUGUUCCUUCAGCGUCUCCUCGAACGGGUGCCCAUUCAUCAUGAUAAUCUGCGUGUCCUCGAUGAAAUGCUCCAGAUUUCGCAGUCAAAGAACAGUGAAAUUCGUUAUCGGUUAGUCGAGCUGACUGCGACCCUUUAUUUAUUAUUUUUAUUUGGAGGUCGUCGCUCUGGCAAAUUCCCUGCUAAUUUGAGUGUUUGUCCUUAA